AUGGAAGCUUUCAUCGCUGAAGUUGUGCGUCUGUCCAAGAAAAUCAAAUCCGGCCUUCGUCUUGAUGAGCAUAAGUCAAGAUUGAAGGAUAGAUUAGGAUGUGAGCCAUCUGAUGAAGAGCUUGCAAUAUCCUUGAAGAUAUCUCGGGCCGAGCUGCAGGCAUGGUUAAUGGAAUGUCAUUUGGCGAGAGAGAAGUUAGCUAUGAGCAAUGUGCGUUUGGUUAUGUCCAUUGCUCAGCGUUAUGAUAAUAUGGGUGCAGAAAUGUCUGAUCUUGUUCAGGGUGGCCUUAUCGGACUUUUGCGAGGAAUAGAGAAAUUUGAUUCUUCCAAGGGUUUCAGAAUUUCAACUUAUGUAUAUUGGUGGAUUCGACAGGGUGUGUCAAGAGCAUUAGUGGACAAUUCAAGAACAUUGAGGCUGCCUACACACUUGCAUGAGCGGUUAGGUUUAAUACGAAACGCAAAGCUUAGACUUCAAGAGAAAGGAAUCACACCUUCCAUUGACAGGAUCGCAGAGUCUCUAAACAUGUCACAGAAGAAAGUUAGAAAUGCAACAGAGGCUGUGAGCAAAAUAUUUUCCUUAGACAGAGAUGCAUUUCCUUCCUUGAACGGUCUCCCUGGAGAAACUCAUCACAGUUACAUAGCUGAUAAUCGUUUGGAGAACAAUCCGUGGCACGAGUAUGAUGAGUGGGCACUCAAGGAGGAAGUAAGCAAGCUUAUAAGUGCAACACUUGGAGAAAGGGAAAAGGAGAUCAUUCGGUUAUACUAUGGUCUAGACAGAGAAUGUCUCACAUGGGAAGACAUUAGCAAACGGAUAGGAUUAUCAAGAGAGAGAGUGAGGCAGGUUGGGCUUGUGGCGCUGGAGAAACUAAAACAUGCUGCGAGGAAGAGAAAAAUGGAGGCAAUGGUCCUCAAGACCUGA